GUCGGUCAAAAUCACCGCGAACUUCCUUCGAGAUAAUCAGUCUUUUAUUACUGACAGCCGUGACAAGGCCAACCUACUGAACUCCUUCUUCCACUCAGUCUUUAGUCCUGCUCAAGCUACCACUACAACAUCUAAUCUCCCAUUCUCCUCCGACACAGCCUUAUCCAAUAUCCAACUAACAGAAAACGAAGUCUUUAAAGCUCUUGACGGUUUGGAUCCAAGCAAAGCAUGCGGACCUGCUGGGAUACCUGGAAAAGUUCUCAAGAUGACGGCUAACAUCAUCGCACCAUCUCUCUGUUAUAUAUACAAUCUUUCUUUGUCCCAAGGUGUAGUUCCUGCUUGCUGGAAGCUUGCAAACGUUUCACCUGUGUUCAAAAAAGACGACCCAACGCUCGCUUCUAACUAUAGACCCAUAUCCCUAUUAUCUAUAAUCUCAAAAACGUUUGAACGCUGUGUGUAUAACCACUGCUAUCCCCAUCUAUCACCACAUUUCUACUAUCUACAGCAUGGUUUCUUAAGGGGUAUAUCUACGGUAACUCAACUACUCCACGUCUACCAAGAAAUCCUAGAUCUCUUAGCUGGUGGGAAAGAGGUUGAUGCCAUCCACCUAGACCUGUCCAAGGCCUUUGAUCGUGUUCAACAUCACAUGCUUCUGUACAAGCUUGAGCAAUACGGCAUAUCAGGCUCGCUUCUUCAGUGGUUUCGUAGUUACCUGAGUGACAGAUAUCAGCGCGUUGCCUUAGAUGGGAACCUCUCAGACUGGCUCCCCGUGACCUCUGGGGUCCCACAGGGAUCCAUCUUAGGACCCCUCCUGUUUCUAGUAUACAUUAACGACAUGCCAGAAUACGUAGGACAGGGCUCGAGUAUUGCAUUAUUUGCGGAUGACUCUAAACUAUAUUGGCCAAUAAACUUGGCAUCUCACCAUCUGUUGCAAUCGGACCUUUCAGGCCUUCAAAAUUGGAGUAAUGACUAGGGCAUGACGUUCAACCCAUCCAAGUGCAAAGUGAUGCACAUGUCUCGGAAAAAGGUUUGCUCCUCUGCUUCACUCCAAUACCACCUGAACGACAAACCCCUGGAAAGUGUGACACACAUCUCUGACCUGGGUGUCAUCGUUUCCAAAGACCUCUCCUGGGCUAAUCAUAUUGAAGACAUAUGCACCAAGGCCAAUAAAACCCUUGGUCUAAUUAAGCGGGUGUGUGCUAGAGACGUUGUGGAUGCCAAUACGCGAAAGCUUCUUUAUUGUGCUGUUGUACGACCUAAGCUUGAGUACGCGCGUCGUGUGUGUGGUCACCUUACUCGGCUAAACAACGUAAAUUAAUAGAGAACGUUCAACGCAGAGCAACGAAAUUCAUUUUGAACUACCCUUCUCGUGAUGUUACCUACAGAGACAGACUAAUAUCCCUAAACUUUCUCCCACUUGAACACAGGCGUGAACUUUAUGACCUAACACUAUUAUACAAAAUCAAAUACAACCUUAUUAAUGUCACCUUUAACCAAUACCUUACACCUGCAACUAACCCCUAUUCCACACGCAACUUCGACCCUAACAACUAUAACAUAAUCGUCUCCAAUAAUCAAGAAUUCUUCCGACAAUCCUAUUUCCCACGCACCGUCAUCCUCUGGAACAAUCUACCACCGAACAUCAAAGCCGCCCAUUCCCUACAGAUCUUCAAGCACCAUCUACAAUCUUAUUACAAAGCCAAACUGUUUACCUACAUACCACCAUAGUUAAUCUUGUUCUCAAUAAUUCGUUGUACAGUAUCCUAUAUGUUAAGUUCCAUGUAAUCUGUGAUAUGUUCGUGCAUAAUUGUCCUAGUACGUCUCGUUAUCCAUUAAUUGUUAAGGGGUCGAAUAUCAAUUGGAAUUUAGUUUCUGUUUUCUUCUCCUGUCGCAGCAUUCUCUAGUUAUUGUUAUUGUUAUCUCUACGUAAAUGUAUAUCUUUAAUGUGUGUGACAAAAUGAAUAAAUAAAAAAAAAAGUCUGAUACAGUCAUGAUAUAACAAGAAUGUUACAAGGUUGACGACACAAGGUUGUAACAACAUUGUUAUAUCAUGACUGUAUCGGACUUGUUGGAACAACCUUGCAACAAGUCUGAUAAUAUCAACAAGCUUGUUACAACUGUUAACAACUUGUUGCAAACUUGUUGACAACUUGGGAUAAGCAGUGCGAACACAACUUGUUGACAGCUUGUUGGCAGGAAUAGAGUUAUCCAGAACAUAAAUAAGAUCAGUUUUACGUUGAACUUUACGCAAGUUCUACAGUGUGUUUGCUUAACAUUUUCCCGCAUUUGCCAACAGGUAACCAACUAAAUCGUUACUCCAAAGUCCUGGACUCUAGACUCGGGCGUGCGCAGCCCAAAGAUCUACCCACAUGCCAUAAAUACACAUGGUCCAAGGCCCAACCUUUGAACAUGUCCUCCACUGGUGAUCUUUAUAAACAACCAAAAUUAUUGUGGAUCAGUCAGGUAAAAAAACUACAAGUAUUUUCUUUUUUAAUAGGGAGAAAAAUUUAGAACUGAUAGAGCUAUCCAGUAUAAAUAAAGUUCGUUUAGUUUAGGUUUCCUCCUGUAGUAACACUGGAUCAAUAAGAGAUGAUUCUUACUGGACCUCUAGGAAGAACAGUUUAGAACUGAUAGAGCUAUCCAGUAUAAAUAAAGUUAGUUUAGUUUAGGUUUCCUCCUGUAGUAACACUGGAUCAAUAAGAGAUGAUUCUUACUGGACCUCUAGGAAGAACAGUUUAGAACUGAUAGAGCUAUCCAGUAUAAAUAAAGUUAGUUUAGUUUAGGUUUCCUCCUGUAGUAACACUGGAUCAAUAAGAGAUGAUUCUUACUGGACCUCUAGGGCGAACAGUUUAGAACUGAUAGAGCUAUCCAGUAUAAAUAAAGUUAGUUUAGUUUAGGUUUCCCCCUGUAGUAACACUGGAUCAAUACGAGAUGACCUUACUCCAGUAUAAAUAAAGUUACAUUGAUUUUGAAAUAUGAUUUUUCUCUAGCCUGUGGCGAUUGACCUGUCUUCAAGAAAGAAAGUGAAUUUCCCAAUCCCUCACGACUGGGACGACGAAGGCCCGACUAUAGACAUCUGGUACACGAUUCCAAUAUACGUCGCUUUAAUCUCCUGCAUCAUGCUCGUGUAUUGCGCUAUACUCACGUGUAGGACACACAGUAAAGCGGGAAACCAACCCGGGAACAAGAGGACGUUCACGUUUCGUAUUCCUAGGACAAGAUUCUUUGUUUAG